AUGGCGAUUUUUCAUUCUUCAACACGGAGUAACUCGGCAAAACUUCACACGGCGUCACUCCCACAUUGGCACUCUCUUGUCUCCGACAGGUCAUCCAAACUUCAAUGUGCAUGUGGAAAAGUACAUCUUCCCAAUGGAGCCUGUGCUGCCAUUGCAUGGCGACAUUCUGAUCACCUGCUACCUUCGGCCAAAUCCAUCGUCCUCUCUUCAACACGUCAUAUUCCGGUGAGUCUCUGGGCCGCUUUGCUGAUCGGCCUUCGAGCUUUCAACUGA